AUGGCGAAGCCUCGGCGCGGCCGCUCCGCGUCUCGCUCCUCCUCGGGCUCUUCCUCCCGCUCGCCGUCCCACUCCGUCUCCUCCGGCUCCGUCUCGUCCCGCUCCCGGUCGCGCUCCCGCUCCUUCUCGUCGUCGUCCUCGCAGGCCCGGAGCCGCUCCCCUCCUCCGGCUAAGCGCAGUUCGCCUGGAGCACGAAAAGGCCGAUCACCUUCGCCGCCCCCUAAAAAGGGCUCACCCUCAAAGAAAGUCCGUUCGCCAUCACCACCACCUAAAAAGGCUUCACCCCCUAGGAAAGCGUCACCUCCUGCUGAGUCGGCUGUUCUCUGCAUUGAUCACUUAUCAAGGAAUGUUAAUGAGGCUCACUUGAAAGAGAUAUUUGGAAACUUUGGCGAAGUUGUGAAUGUGGAGCUAUCAAUGGACCGAAUGGUUAACCUUCCUCGUGGCUAUGGAUAUAUUGAAUUCAAGAAGAGAGCUGAUGCUGAGAAGGCUCUUCUUUACAUGGAUGGUGGUCAAAUUGAUGGAAAUGUUGUUAAGUUGAGAUUCACUCUUCAACCACGCCAAAGGGCUGCAUCACCUAUGAAAGCUCCGCCCCCUCCUCCAAAAAGAGACGCUCCCCAGAUUGAAAAAGGUGUUAGCAGUGCUGAAAAGGAUGCCCAGCAGCGUCCUAGGGAAUCAUCUCCACGAAGGAAGCCAGCUUCACCUCCACGGAAACGAUCUCCAAAUCGAAGGGCUGAAUCACCCAGGCGUCCACCUGACCCAUCACCUAGGCGUCGUCCUGAUUCUCCGCCUAUUCGUCGCCGACCAGAUCCUUCUCCUGUCAGGCGUGGUGACACACCUCCUCGCAGGAGACCACUGUCUCCAGUUAGAAGGCGCUCUCCUUCUCCACCACCUAGGAGGCAUAGGUCACCGAUGCGUCCUUCACCUAGGAGGGGACGUGGCAGCCCAUCACCACGCAGGCGCUCCCCUGGGCCUCUUAGGCGGCGCUCGCCACCUCCAAGGCGGUUGAGGAGCCCACCAAGAAGGCCACCACCUCCACGUCGCUCUCCUCCUCGCCGACCCCUUCGCUCCCGCUCCAGAUCAAUUUCUCCAAGAAGGGGACGAGGGCCUCCGUUGAGGCGUGGUAGGUCAGACUCAUCAUAUUCUCGAUCACCUACUCCACCGCCAAGAAAGGUGAGUGCUACAACUGAUAUGGUAUUUGUAGUAUCAAACACAAAGGUCCAAGAAGGGUAUCAAGGAGCCGCAGCCCUAGAAGGCCUCCUAGAGGAAGAAGCGUCUCUAGUGACAGCAGAAGCAGCAGUUCACCUUCCCCUAGACGCGGCAGGUAGAAGGAACCCGUGGCAUUGUGUAUCCGGCAGGAGUCUGGAUCUAAAAAUUUAUGUGGUAAACCAUUGUGCUAAUCGGUGUCUGAAGUGUUUAUUGGAUCUUUCGUUUAAUAUGUCGAAAGUUUUCGUCAAUUUUGUUGGAAAGAGUUCCUCGACACUGCCAUUGUAUGAUUGCAUUGAUCAACCAAUUGAUGCGUGUAAUUUGUAUAUGCACGUCACACUUGUGAAACUGUGA